CCUUCUGUGCCUGUGGAUGGGAUGAGUGUGUGGAUUGGAGGGGUGGGUGCGUGCAACUACAGGCACUCCCACCAGUGAGUGUAUGUGUGUGUGUGUGUGCGAGGCAGCUAGACGUAGAAAGGAAAACAACGAGGGAACCAACGAAGGAAGAGAGGGGAAGGGAGGACACAUAAACACCAUUCACUCACUGACUCGAUCGCACUGCACGCAACACGUCACAUCACAUCACAUUACCCAUCUCAUUCAUCCACUCGCGCGAUACACGCGCCCUUGCCUUGCCUCUCUCUCGGUCACUCCCCGCCCCGGCCCGCCCCACCUCAGUCACCCCACCACCCACAGUUAGAUAGUAUGUGUUGGCGUGAUGGCGGCCCCUGCGCGCGCAAGGCAAAGGCAUUCCCUCCAACUUACACCCUGUUGGUUGCGCUCUGCGGCGUGUGGGUGGUGGUGGGAGCAUUCUCCUGCGCCUCGGCCUUGGCCUCCGCCCGCCUCUUCAUCACAAACGACACGAAGAAAGCCAGACCAGCCACUGCCAGGAUGGCCGCAGCAACCACGGCCAAGAUGACCCAGAUGGGCAUCCCCGCACCCUCGUCCUCUGUCGCCGCCUCGUCAAGCGUGGUCUCGCUCACAUCAGCGCCCUGCACCUUGGUCGCCUCUGGGAUGUCGGCCGUGGCAGCCUCCUCUUCGGAGGGCUCCAGCGGGCUGUUGACCGGCACCACGCUCGUGUCGGCCUCCUCCUCCUCCUUGAGCGACGCCUGGCUGGCGGACCCGUCAUCCUCGAUGUCCGCGAGAGACGCGUCAGCGGCCUCGUCAACCACCUUCUGCGUGGCGGACGGGGCUUCCUUGGGCGCGUCGGCGUCAGACACGGUGUCGUCCUUUUUGCUAGUCGCCUUCUCCUUCUCUGCUGCCUCCUUGGCCUCGGCGGCCUCGUCCGUCUUGUCCUCGAUGAGUGCGGUCUCCUCGUCGACGGCAGAAGGCUUGUCGGCGGCUGCGGGCUUCUGCUUCCUGGUCGUGGUAGUGGUCGUGUCCGCGACGUCCGCCUCGUCCUCAACGGCCACGGGCAUCACUGCCUCCUCCUCCGGCUCGCCCUGGGCGGUGUCCUCGGGCUCCUCGGGCGCAGCGGUGGUGGGCACCUCGACCUCCGCCUCGACCUCCGCCACUGCUGACAUCCCAGAGCAGACGACGCCGCCCAUUGCCGUUGGGUCGUCGAUCUCAUGCUCGGGUGCGUGGAAGCCGCUGCAGUAGAUGGUUGAGUUGGCGGCGAAGACGGAAAAGAAGCGGCACUCGUUGGUGUCGUACUGCUCCACGCACAUGGCCGCGCACUUCUGCAGGGGGCUGCUCUGGUCUGCUGUGGUGGGGUCGAAUCCCUGGGGCAGCGCCUCCAUGGCGAGCUCGUCACCACUGGCCAGCUCGGUCGUGAAGGCGCCGAAGCCGCCUUCAUACCUCUUGCCCUCGACGUUCAUGACGCCCUCGGCCUCGCAGACGUUGCUCUCGAGGACGUACUGCUUGGAGGGGGGGUUCCAGUCGUCAUAGACCUGCUCGAGGGGCGUGACGCCGAACUCGUCGUGUGCCAUGCUGCUGCUGGCGGGGGCUGCGGGCGUGAGGGCCUCGUGCUUUGGUGUGAUGGAGAGGGCGAGGUAGGAGCCGUCAGACAUGGGGUCGUGGUCCUCCGACUUGACGAUGACGGCCUUCUCAGGCGUGAAGUGGGCGUAGUUCACGUCAAAGGUGUGCGCGCCCACCUCCCACAGAGUCGUGUUGAGCGUCUCGAACUCGUCAACCCACUUCAGCGUGAAACCUGAACGAACACACACAGACGACCACCCGACACACACACACUCGAUGGGCGGCUGCUGCCAGUGUGGUGUUUUGUUGUGAUGUGUGUGCGGGCGGCCAGGCCACAUACCCUUGGUGACCGGGUCGUAGUCGUAUGCCUUGACGUAAUCGAAGUAGAUGGUGAGUGGGAGUGUCUCGGGGUUGAACCGGCCGGCCCAGAACUCCGCCCAGAAGGGCUCGGGGUCGCAGGGCCAGAGGGAGAUGCGGAGGUUCAUCGGCUCCAGGAGCUGGGCGGGCUGGGGGCUGCAGGUCUCGGGGUCGGCUCCCUCGGCCUCGCAGGGGAUGUCCAUGCGGAUCCUACGGCCGUCAAAGUACCAGGCGACGUACUCGGGUGUCCACUCGAGCGCAAAGUGGUGGAAGCCCUGCUUGAUGGCGGCCUUCUGCGCCUCGAUCUCGGAGGGGUGGCCCGCCGCGCCGAAAAAGAUUUCGCUGAUCUCUCGGUCGGUGAAGUUACCGGUGAUCAUGUUGGUCUGGAUGGGCACCUCCCCGUGGCCGCCCAUCCCGUGCACCUCGUAGUCGAUCUCCUGCCAUGACGCCCCCGCGACCUUGUCGGAGUCGUUCUUGUAGAGGAAGAACGUGGCGACGGUGCCGUUGACGUCGAUGUUGGGGUAGAGGCUGGCCUCGAAGCGGCCGUACAUGAAGUUGUCCUUGCUGGUCAGCUCGGCAGCGUCGUAGCCCCGGCCGCACUCGCCCACACACGUGCCGCCCACGCCAGCACAGAAGCACUUGUCCUGGUUCAUGUAGAAGCCAUCCUCCGUCUGGUGGAUGUCGUCAAAGGUCGUUACGGCCUGCCAAACCAAGGCAACCAACACACAGAGAGCGCCGGCGAGCAGACAGUCAACGCACACAAACGCACAAACAGAGAGAGAAAGCACAAUUGAGGCGGUGGCUCAGAGAGGGUGUGCGGGGGGUGCAGGCGUGUGAGGCAGGGACUGAGGGGCUCUCUCUGGCUCACUGACCUGUCCCGCGAUAAGUGGCAAAGCGGCGAGCAGCGCGAGCAGGACCCUCAUGGCGACAGGCUGGCUGGACGGCUGGCACACGUGCGAGAAAGAUGACCACGCGCGCAGCUGGAGGGAGCGAGUUGAUUCCCGUUUUGUG